AUGAUGGUAAUGAAUCCCAAAACUAUAGUUAUAAAUCUCCUCCUCCUAAUCCUACUGCAAAUUUUCACCACUAAUGUCUUAUCUAUGACGCCGGAGCAUAGGAAAGAUCAUAAAGAGGAGUUUAAGGUAAGACCAAACACAGUCACGCAUGUAGUAAUCUCCAACGAACUGUUUGAUCUGAAGAGAGGAAACGCUGGUUUCACAUGCUCUCAUGGUCCCAAGAUAUGGCGGAAGAGCAAACCAGGACAACGUUACAAUUUGAUUCGGUACAAGUACGACGCAUGGUUUCUUCUAUUGCACGUCACCUUGGUCUCCUGCACCGUCAGGACACAUUUUGUCACAACAGAGUUAAAGAUAGUAAAUGGAAUGCAUGGCUUGAAACGUCCAGAGAUCGUUUACCAUUGUCAAGCUAUUAACAGUGGUCUUGACUAUGGAUGGAGACGAGCCAUAAAGCCACCGUUUGGCCACUCCUUCACCGUACUCUUGGAAGGUGGCCUAAAACUUGAGGAAGAGACUCAUCGCUGCCAUUUCAGGUCGGUGCUCGGUACAGCGAACGUCGAUAUCCGUAUGACCGCGAUUGAUUCUGAGAUGUGUAAUAACAAAAACGCAUGUGCAGUUCAUGUGGCUACACCGGAAGGGAUAUGGUUUGAUGGUAAAGAAUGGGAUUUUGAGGAGAGGUAUCCAAGGCUUGUACCGAAGAAAUACAUUGAAGCUAGGUGGAAACCUUGGCCACGACGCAGCAAACGUAGCCGUGUGGGAUCUCAAAAGCAAGGUCGCUCAGGGGGAGACGUGGGUUUCACGUUAAUGAUGAAGAACGAAAUGUAUGGCUUGAAACGUCCAGUGGUUCUCUACCGUUGCAAGUCGUCUAAUAAAUCUCUCCGGUGGCAUAUAUCGAGUCCCCAUGCGGAGUUUAAAUGGGAUUUCGAAGUCCCACCAUUUGGAACUGGCGUAGUGAUCCACCAUUGCGAGUUCCGGUCGAGCCAAGGAACAGCUGAAGUCGAGAUCAAGACAUUGUCGAUGACAUCUAUGUUGUGCGGAGGACAUGUGUGUACAUACGUCAUUAGGCCUAAUGGUGUAUACUUUGUUGGUUUUGAGACCUAUUACCCACACAACAUUUUGUUAAGAUUUCUUGAGUUGGUGAGGCCUGUUGACAAGCUAGUCGAGCCAUGGAAGGCUUGGUCCCCGACACAGCUUAAGGCUUUACGGGAACGCAACAUCACCAGAUCAGAACCCAACGUCAUACACGGUGACAAAGAUGUUGAGCAAGAGGAAGACGACGAUUAG